AUGGGCCCUGGCCGCCCAGAGGCCGGCAUGUCGACAUCCUCUGGCCUUGUCUCCUCUUCCUACCGGGUAGGGAAGCCAGACAGCCAUCCGGUGGGCGACUCUGACCCGGCCAUUACAGCCACAUGUACCCCGAAAUGGCAAUGCCUCAUCGGCAUCGAUUCCUACCUCUUUGUCGGGUACCUCGCCUCCAUCUCUGCCCCAUGGGUUGCUUCAAAGUGCCACGAGAAAUCCCCACCUCGUCGGCGGCUCGCUCUGCUGCUCUCUAUCGAACUUCCAGACUAA